CACUUCAAAAUAUUUCAACCACACCCAAUCUCCACUAUAGUAAGAACCACCGACAGCAAUGCCACCACCAAAACCUGAAACUCCUCUCAAACACCAACACUCCACCACUACAGCAACCACAACCACUCUAGUCGUGGGCUAUGCUCUCUCCUCAAGCCUCCUCUCUAUCAUCAACAAACUGGCCAUAACCAAAUUCAACUACCCCAUCAUUCUCACUGCACUACAGUACUCAACUUCAGCUGUGGGCGUUUUCAUCCUAGGCAAGCUUAGCUUCCUCUACCAUGAGCCCUUCACCUUCCAAACAGCCAAGAAGUUCCUCCCUGCUGCAACUGUGUUCUAUCUUGCUAUCUUCGCCAAUACCAAUCUCCUGUCUUACGCCAAUGUCGAUACAUUCAUCGUCUUCCGAUCGCUCACGCCAAUUCUCGUUGCCAUUGCCGAUACUACGUUCCGUAAACAGCCUUGUCCAUCGAAGUUCACAUUCCUAUCGCUGUUGAUCAUCUUGGGUGGUGCGAUUGGGUAUGUGAUCACCGAUUCGGCAUUCACUAUGACGGCCUACUUGUGGGCCGUCGCUUAUCUGAUCACAAUUACGACGGAAAUGGUCUACAUCAAACACAUUGUAAUGAAUCUUGGUUUGAGUACGUGGGGUUUUGUGUUUUACAACAACUUGUUAUCUGUGAUGAUGGCGCCUGUGUUUUGGGUCUUAAGUGGAGAGUACAAGGAUGUGUUAUCAGCCAUUGGAUCGAAUUCCUGGAAUUGGGUGGACCGCAGUGCAAUCUUUGCAGUGGCACUGUCUUGUGUUUUUGGGCUGAUGAUUAGCUUUUUUGGGUUCGCAGCGAGGAAGGCAAUAUCGGCAACUGCGUUUACAGUGACUGGAGUGGUUAAUAAGUUCCUUACGGUUGCGAUUAAUGUGGCGAUUUGGGAUAAGCAUGCGAGCCCGGUUGGUUUGGUCUGCUUGUUUUUUACAAUUGUGGGGGGUGUUUUUUACCAGCGGUCAGUGAGUGGGAGCAGAGGCGGUCAGAAGGAACCUGUAGUGGCUAAGCUGAUGGAUGGUCGAGAUGGGGCAGUUGAUUUGGAUGAUGAGAAAGAUCAAGGGAUGAAAGUGUAAGGUGAGUUUUUUGGGUGUAUGAAUUAUAUGGAUAAGUUGUUUACUUAGGCUUUUUUUGCCCCCCAAUCACUCUCAUGAUACUACAUUUUGGUUAAUGAAGCUUAAUUCGAUAACAUUAGCAACUACA